AUGGCGCAAAUCCGUGGCACAGCGGGCUACAAUCUGGGAAAUCAGAAUCCCUUUGGAGGCUCUGGAAGAGUAGACGCUACCAGCGAUCCAAGUCCGCUCGAUGCGAUCCGGGAACAAACAAGCAAGAUUGAGGAUUGGCUAGACACGAUCUCUGACCCCGUCAAACCAUAUCUACCAGCCAUCGGCCGCUUUUUGAUUGUCGUCACUUUCCUUGAGGAUACCUUACGCAUCUUCACUCAAUGGAGCGAUCAGCUCACCUAUUUAAGAGAAUUCAGGAGCAUUCCAUGGGGCAUAACACACAUCUUCCUCAUCCUAAACAUCGUCGCAAUGGUUUCAUGUUCGGUGCUGGUGAUCGCACGGAAACAUAGUGAAUACGCUGUCGCCGGUCUCCUCAGCGUUGUCGUCGCACAGGCCCUUGGAUACGGCCUCAUCUUCGACCUGACCUUCUUCCUCCGCAACCUCAGUGUCAUUGGAGGUCUUCUUAUGGUGCUUUCAGACUCCUGGGUGCGCAAGAAAUUUGUCCCCGCUGGUCUUCCACAAAUCGACGAGAAGGACCGGAAAAUGUACAUCCAGUUUGCAGGACGUGUGUUGCUGAUCUUUCUGUUCAUUGGAUUUGUAUUCGCUGGCGAUUGGAGUUUCUGGAGAGUCCUUGUUAGCCUGUUUGGGUUGGUGGCGUGUCUCAUGGUUGUUGUUGGAUUCAAGGCGAAGUGGAGUGCUAUCAUCUUGGUUGUGAUAUUGAGCAUCUUCAACCUGCUGGUCAACAACUUCUGGACGCUGCAUGCCAAACACCCACACAAGGACUUCGCUAAAUACGACUUUUUCCAAAUCCUCUCCAUUGUCGGCGGUCUUCUUCUCCUCGUCAACAUGGGACCGGGUCAAUUCAGCGUAGACGAGAAGAAGAAGGUGUAUUGA